AAACUGCUCCAUCGCGAUCGAGCCUUUCCUCUCUCCUUCCUUUACCCUUCCACUCUGCAAACCCUAGACUCCGCAUCUUCGGGAGGAACGUCUCGCUCCUGCGAAACCUCGUACCGCGCUUCGGCCUCGCUUGCUCGAUAAUGGCAGAUUCUCCUCGCAAGAAGUAUUCAAGAUCCCCCUCACCUUGGAGAGAGCAAUCAAGGUCUAGGUCGAGAUCCAGGUCUAGGUCCCCAACCUGGUACAAGCACCGGCCAAGGUCACGGUCCAGAAGCCAUGGCAGAUCAAGAUCCAGAAGUCAUGGCAGAUCAGUGGAUGAGAACAAUCCUGGAAACGCACUUUACGUGACCGGUUUAUCCACUAGGGUCACUGAAAGGGACCUAGAAGACCACUUUUCAAAAGAGGGGAAGGUUGCUUCGUGCUUUCUCGUGGUGGAGCCUCGCACACGCAUCUCCCGUGGUUUUGCAUUUAUUACCAUGGAGACUGUUGAGGAUGCUAACCGCUGUGUCAAGUAUCUGAAUCAGUCUGUUUUAGAAGGAAGGUACAUCACUGUUGAGAAGUCACGGAGGAAGCGACCUCGGACUCCAACUCCUGGGCAAUAUCUUGGAUUGAAGAGCACUAGGGACCACGGCUAUCGUGGCGACCGUGGUGGGGACCGCGGUGGGGACCGCGGUGGUGACCGCGGUAGGUUUCGUGGUGGUGACCGCGGCCGGGAUGACUAUGGGUACCGUAGAUCCCCAAGGCGCUCACCAUAUCGAGGUGGUCGUGAUUAUUCUCCUCCCAGGCGCUCACCUUAUGGUGGAAGGUCAAGGAGGGAGAGGUCACCUAUCUAUUCUCCUCGUGGUUCUAGGUGAUUGUUCUUCUUAGGAAAAAGUGUGACCAAUCGCCAAGGGAUAUCUUAGUUGGAAUAGCUGUGACUUGUUACUGGGCGGUCUUCUAGAGGUGUAUGAAACAGUUGCUUUUCAUAUCUCUUUGUUAUGCUCAUGCGUCGUACUUUGGAACUUGUUGAUCAAUGAUCUGUAAUGUGAAGUUGUAUUUUGCUUUAUGAGUGUUUGGCAUGAUGUUUUGCGAUAAUAUGCUGUUUCCAGAUUCUUUUUGUUGAA